AUGCGCUGGUUUUCAAGAGUUCUUUUAGGAUGUCUCCUACUGUAUUCCCUAAAUGGUGUGAAAGUUAAAGUUGGUCAUAUUGGAGCGAUUGGUGCGAUGAAAAAUGGGGAAAAGAUUCUGGAACUUUCUCGAAAACAACUUUUGGCCGAAGGUGUGAUUGGAGAUGAUUUUGAGAUUGAGUAAGAUAACUUUUUGAUAAAGGACAAUCCUAAUUAUAGUUUGACAUCGACUAAAUGACAUUUUCAGGUUUUUUAAGCAAGCGAGUUGAAAUAUUGGGUUCUAAUGUUAUUCAUAUGAUAGAAUGGUCUAAGAUGAACAGAAUGAUAUAAAUUUUGAUGACUUUACGUUAUCCAUAAGUGAUUUAGCGACGUUUAGUCGAUAAGGUCCUGAAAAUGUCAUUUAGUCGAUGUCCAACUACAAUCCCAAUCAAAUUUUUUCAAGAAUUCUAAAUCAAAUGGGUUGCGGUGAUGCAUACGAAGGUGUCGCUGUUGGUGCCGACAUGUAUCAUGUUCAAGGUGUUCGCGCCUUCAUCGGCCCAUAUUGUAAUGCCGAAUUAGACGCUGUCGCAAAAAUGGCAACCUUCUGGAAUAUCCCGAUCGUCGGCUACAUGGCUUCAUCCAACACUUUUGCUGACAAGAACAUCUACAAAACAUUGGCCAGAGUCUCGUUGCGAACCACAAAUUCAUUGGCCGAAGCUGCAGCUGCACUUAUCAAACAUUAUGGUUGGAAUAAGGUUGCGAUUGCGACGAAUACGGGAGCUCUGGCUUUUGAGCGUGUCAAUUCGUUUGAGGAGGUUUUUCAUCUUCGUGGAAUUACGAUUGUUAAGAAAAUUAUGUUGGAUGAGUAUACGAAUGCGAAAUCUAUCAUGUCUAGCGGACUUCUACAAGAUCUUUCGAAUAGCGCAAGAAGUGAGUUGGUGGAAAGUGAAAAAAAAUCAUUACUUCGUCAGUCGCGUGCGGCUAUGCGUCGCGAUUGUUUCCUGACCGCGACGGACAGCCGCACGCGACUGACGAAACUGAUUUUUACUUUUUACGCCGGCCACGUGGCAUACGGCCACAUUUUUCAACUUCGACAAUAGAUAGCUAUCGAGGCCACCCACGAAGCCCCUGGCCUGAACUUGAACUGAGCAAAAAAUAGAUUCAAAUCUUCCGGUACGCAAAAGUGCGUCACAGUGUUUGCACACCAAUCCUAUCCUGAUUUUCAGUCGUCGUCUGCGCCUUCUCAUCAACUCGUGAAAUGACCAAAGAAUUCAUGCAAGCCGUCACCUUAUCCGGAAUGAACAAUGCCGAAUAUGCCUGGAUUCUUCCGUGGCUUCAAACUGAGACCAAAGACACGGCUCCGUGGCUCGGCGAUGAUGGAGAAUAUCAGCAGAAUGUUAAAGAUCAUUUCGCAAAUGCUUUUAUCGUAAGUGACUAGAUUCAAGAGAUUCUGUAUAUCUUUUUAAUAUCAGAUCGAUGAUGUAAAUGGUUUUGACAACACUUUGGUUACACCGUUUCGCGAAAAAUUGGAAUCUAAUGGAUAUACAACUGAUGAUUUGGAAUUGGUAAGAACAUCAUUGUGAAUUCUAUCUAUGUAUAGUUCUGCAGAAAAACAUCUAUGGUUAUGUUCAUCUUUACGAUGCUCUUCGCCUUUAUGCGUUAGCAGUUCGAGCAACAAUGAAUGAGACUGGAAAUGAGAACGCGUAUCUAGAUGGAAAAGCGGUUUGGAACAACAUGCGACGCAUCACAUUCCCAGGAUUGGUCUCAAAUGCUGGCGUCACUUCUGGAACUGUUAUGAUGGAUGAUAUCGCUGAAAGAGCACCGGUUUAUGCCGCAUUUUAUGUGCCACCCAACAGUGAUACGGUGAGAAAAGUCAGUGAACUCGAGCCACGAUUGUUGGAUAAUUGUGAUGGGACAAAAACGAAGACUGGCUGUUAUGAACUGCUAAUUUCCGAUCAAUCAACUGGUUUUUGGCCGUCAUUGGAUGGAAGUUUGCCGAAAGAUGAGCCAGCAUGCGGUUAUCGAAAUGAGAGAUGUGAUUAUACAGCUAUUAUAAUUGGAGGAUCUUUGAUAAUUCUUGUGAUAAUUGCAAUAAUCAGUGCAUUCUUUAUUUCAAGAUUCUGCGAAAAUCGAGCAUUGGCCAAAACAUCGUGGCGUAUUUAUCGUGACGAUUUCCGAGUUAUUAAUGAGGAUGAGAUGAAAUCAAUGGUAACUAUUCGAAAUUCAAAAAAACAAAACAAAUCUUAAAGGCGGUCAGACAGCUAUUCCGGUUGACGGAGACCACCCACGGAGCCUCUGACUUUAACCGGGCUAAACUUGAAUUGUGAAAAUAUGAAACUUCAAAUCUUUCUGUGCAAAAGUGCGUCGCGGUGUUUGCACACACACAAAUCCGCUGGACGUGGGGGGCAAUUUGAAAUUUUGAAAACACAAGAUUUUCUCAGCUCGUAUUAACUUUCAAGAUUUCGGAAUAAUAAACUAUUUUUGACACUAAGCUUUGAGGAAAACCGGAAUAAUUGUCUAACCGCCUUUAACAUUCAUUUUUUAGCUGUCAAUUGGCUCUAGCAAAACAAAAAUGUCAAAUAUGAGUUCAUUCGUCAAACAUCACGCUGUGGUUGGAACAAAUACUCACGCAUCUUUCCAUUUGUAUCCACAAAGAAGACCGAUUGUUUUUGGCCGACAAGAUCUUCAACUUCUCAGUCAAAUGAAACAAGCUGUUCACGACAAUCUCAAUCCUUUCCUCGGAAUGUCGUUCAAUGAAAAAGAGGAGAUGACUGUUCUUUGGAAGUUUUGCUCUCGAGGAACAGUUCAGGAUAUUAUUUAUAAUAAUGAAGUUGUCUUGGAUUCGAAAUUCCACGGUGCAUUUAUUCGAGAUAUCACUUUGGGUCUCGAAUAUCUGCAUUCUUCAAUUAUCGGUUAUCACGGUUCACUCACCCCUUGGGCUUGUUUAAUCGAUCGAAAUUGGAUGGUUAAACUAACUGAUUAUGGAAUUGCGAAUCCACUCGAAAGAUGGGAGAAAAUGGGAUUGAUCUCGACAGAAACACUCAAAGAGAAUGACGAUAAAAGUGGAUCCGCGCAGAAGACAAGUAUACUUUAUCAACCACCGGAGAUGUUGAAGAAUCGAGAAUCGAACAAGAAUCGAAGAAUGGAUCAAUCGUGGGUGAAACAAUCGCAAGCAAGAAGGCAAAUGGGAGAUAUUUAUGCGUUUGGAAUGGUUAUGCAUGAAAUUUUGUUCAGAGCUUUACCAUUUCCUAAUGGAACAAAUAUGACAGGUUAGAACUUAUUAUCGCAAAACUCUUCGGUACUCCACGCGCUCCACCGAAAUAAACACGCAACGCAGACCGCCCCGCGCCGCGCCACACACAAGUGAGGGAACGAUUCAAAUUCCCUCCCUUUUUUGUGUGUGUUGUGGCGCGACGCGGUAUGCGUUGCGUGUUUAUUUCGGGAUUCUCGAUAAUAUAAUUGAGAUUCUGAAGGAAGAUCUUUUUACAGAAGUGUUGGAUUACAUUCGUGAUGGUUCUAAGACAUUCCGCCCAACGAUUCACGAUCGAACACAAAUUCAUCCUGAUCUUGUCGCCUUACUUCUCGAUUGCUGGAAUGAGAAUCCAGAAGUCAGACCAUCGAUCAGACGUGUUCGCCUCAACACCGAGAACUAUUUGAAAGUGUAUGUCAAGUUUUCAGGAAAAAAAUAACUAAUCAAUUAUUUUCUUAUAGAAAAGGCUCACUUGUUGAUCAAAUGAUGCGAAUGAUGGAACAAUACGCGAAUAAUCUCGAAAAAUUAGUCGCUGAGAGAACUGGUAUGUUAGAAGAGGCUAAUGUUCGAGCGGAUAAAUUGUUGAGUCAACUUCUCCCUGCCUACGUGGCAAAUGAGUUGAAGAUGGGGCGAAGUGUUCCGCCGAAAACCUUCACAAUGGCUACGGUGAUGUUCAGUGAUAUUGUGGGUUUCACGACGAUUUGCUCGUCUUCGACACCGUUGGAAGUUGUGAAUAUGUUGAAUAAUAUUUACAGUAAAUUUGAUGAUGCUAUCAACAGGAACAAAGCUUAUAAGGUUUGUGGAAACCUGGUAGACUUAAUCGCGCGUUAAUUUUGAACUAGAUGAAAAAAAGCUGAAAAUCAGCCAUCGUAUCUAUCCUAUUUCGUAAGUUUAACGUGAAAACCCCCAGAAAACCCCGCAAAAAACAAAAAAAAAAAAAUUUUUCUCAACGUGUCCUCCGGGAGAACUACACACUCUUGUUCGCUGGAGCAACAUUGCAUUUUUACUUUCGUUUUUUCGCACUAGGCUUGAAAAUCUCAAAGUUUGAGGCAAAAUUGUCGAAGAAAAGAAAAAAAAGGAAAAAUGAAAAAGCCAACAAAGCUUAUAAGGUUUGUGGAAAUCUGGUAGAAUCAAUCGCGCGUUAAUAUUGACCUAGGAGAAAAAAUCUGAAAAUUGCUUCAAAAUUCAAGAGGUAGAGAAUCUUCUACUUUUCAAAAUUAUCUAUCUCAUUUUGUAAGUUAAACGUGAAAACCCCAAGAAAACCCCGCAAAAAAACAAAAAAAAAGAAAAAUUUUCGAAACGUGUCCUCCGGGAGAACUACACGCUCUUUUUGUUCGCUGGAGCGACAUUGCAUUUUUACUUUCGUUUUUUUCGCACUAGGCUUGAAAAUCUUUAAAAAAAACUCUGAGCCAAAAAACUCGAAAAAGAAAACAAAAAGAAUUUUCGCGAAAAAUAAAAAAAAAGCCAACAAAGCGCUAAACAAGGGGCAAGCCGUCAUUUGCGGAGUGUUGUUGCGCACAUUUUUAUUUUUUUGGGGGGAAAAACCAGGGAAAAGUCCAUGGGGAAAGUGAAGUUUUUGAGAUUUUCAAGGUUUCCGGGGUUAUAGAGGGAGUUCCCCAGAUUUUUUCUUUUAAACGUUAAUGUUUACAGGUUGAAACAAUUGGUGAUGCUUACAUGAUUGUGUCGGGAAUUCCCGAAGAAAAUGGAAACGAGCACAUCGCCAACAUCUGCAACACCGCCUUAGAUCUAAUGGUCCUCCUCAAAACCUACGAAAUUCCCCACCGCCGCUCAGUCCGUCUUCGCAUUCGCCUCGGAAUUCACACCGGAACCGUCGCAGCCGGCGUCGUCGGCUUAACCGCUCCCCGCUAUUGUCUAUUCGGCGACACUGUCAAUGUCGCAUCGCGUAUGGAAUCGACAAGUGAACCCGAGAAAAUCCAAAUGUCGCAAGAGGCUCGCGAUUUCUGCAUUCGCUUCUAUCCCGAAUACAAUAUCACACUUCGCGGUGUCGUUGAGGCGAAAGGCAAAGGUCCCGUCACCACUUAUUGGCUUCUUGGGAAACGCGAGCAAGGAGAGGUGGAAGCUCAAAACUUCUCGCAACUUGGAAUUUAA